AUGAUCUUGUUAGAGUCUCACAACGUCAUUGUGCACGAUGUUCUGACGGACAGGUUUGAAAAACCGUCCCGCGCAGAUAUCCAGUUUGUCGACUAUGAUAACGUCCGCUUUCAUCUUUCCACACCCGAUUCCAAGACUGUCCUCUUACUCUCCAUGGGGAUCCAAUGCUGGCCUGAUCUCGUGAAAUACGGCGCGAGAGACCACCUCGAAAAGACUUUUGAAGGCUUGUUGUUGAGUCAAGGGGAGACCGAACCAGAGUACGAUGUUAGUUUGAGGAUUGAUCUGGAACAAAUCCCUCAGGAUCCAGAAUCUCGAAACGCGCUCAUUGACAAGAUUGCCCAUUUCAAAUCCACCGCCAUGUCUGCACCGUUCAUUUCUGCCUUUGAGGAACAAGCGUCCCUUCAAGCCAAUUACAAAGACGCAGCGGGAGCUCAGCAAAUGGAUGUUCAACCUCAAGAAGCCAAAGGAGAUCUCAAAGUCGUCAAGUACAGGGAAGAAGAGGCCAUAUUCAUUCAGGCCAGUCAUGAUCGAGUCACGAUCAUCUUCAGCACCGUCUUCAAGGAUGAAACGGAUAGAGUCUAUGGGAGGGUGUUCUUACAGGAGUUCGUCGACGCUCGUAAACUCGGAAGUCUGCAGAAUGCCCCUCAGGUCAGGUACUCGAACCGUGAACCUCCGCUCGAGAUCCGACAUCUGCCAGGGUUGAAGAAUGGUGAAGAUUGGGGAUACGUGACGUUUGUGCUCUUUCCACGACACUUUGCCAAUCCUGCCCAAGCCCUCGCUACAAUCAACAGGAUCCAGCUGUUCCGCGAUUACCUCCACUAUCACAUCAAAUGCUCAAAAGCGUACAUGCACUCUAGGAUGCGAUACAGAGUCGCAGAAUUUCUCAAGAUCCUCAACCGGGCUAAACCCGAGGUCGCGGUGCCUCAGGAGAAGAAAACGGCUUCCGGCAGAACGUUUAGGCGACAAUAA